UGGUAGAAGAAAACCAUGCUAUAAUCGAAGGGAUUCUGUAAAAUGUAUGUCUGAAUCUAUUACUGUGGCAAAAAAGAAAAAAAGUGUCGAAUUAUUACACCUGGACAAGCCUGAUCAUGCUACCAGAUCAAUAACAAAAGAAAAGCAUACUAUUACUAUAGCAAAAAAGAAAAGAGUAUCGAAUUAUUAUAUGCCUGAUUGUGCCACAGAUCUAUUUGCUAAAACUAUUCCUCUCUUGGCAAAAAAAG